CGAAGCGAACGAGCGGAGCUUAGAGAGAAGAAUUUUUCACUUCAGUCAGUCGGUAUUUAGUUGUCAUUUAGUCAAGAUUGUAGUUCCGUGUGCUGUGUAUGAAAAAAAAUAUUCGUGAUACUUUUUUUGUGUUAAGAAAAGAAAAGAAAUUAUUCCCAAAGUCAUGGAUUGUGUGAGUGUUCAGUCAACGUAUGAUUUGAAGCAGUAUUCCUCAGUUCCUGCAUAUGGGCUAAAGCUGAGCUUUGGUCAUGUUUUCCCGGAGAAGAGGCACCAGAACAUCCGCCCUUCGCUGCGGCAAACAAUCCCACUGUUGCCCCUCUUUUACAGAUAUUUAUCGUACUACUGGAAAGUAAAUCGUGAAGGUCGCCAAUGUUUAAUGGACUAUUACGACAUGCAGCAUUCAAAAUGCAUUUACGGCACCCCAAUUGGUGGUAUUGGAUCCGGAGCCAUUGGCCGUGGCUUUGCCGGGGAAUUUUGUCGUUUCAGCUUAAAACCCGGCCUCUAUGAAUACAACACUGUAGUUGCAGACCAAUUUAUCGUGACAAUCCGCGAUGAGAAUGACCAAACAAUCUUUCAGAGUCUUCUCUCGACCUACGCUCGACCAAAAAAUCCAUUGAGUGCGUGGGAGAGUAAUUUGGACCCAAGCAAAUGCCACUAUAUAGCCCUCUAUCCGCGAUCAUGGAGUGAAAUUGAUCUGACGCAGUAUGGCAUAAAGCUCAUUGGACGUCAAGUUUCACCAAUUAUUCCCCACGACUACCGGGAUACCUCCCUACCGUGUGCAGUGUUUGUGUGGACUGCUGAAAAUGUCUGUGAUAAGGAUAGAAAGGUUUCCAUUACGUUCACCUUUAAGAAUGGUACUGGAUCGAAGAAACAAGAUGCUGAAGGCAACCCAACAACAUUCCCCUUUGGCGAAGGAAAUGCCAAGGGUGUAGCUAUAAAACAGAAGAUUGCCGGCAUGGAGUGUACGUACAAUUUAGCCUGCAAAGUCUCUGGCGACACAACAAUUACGCGUUGUCAUAAAUUCGAUCCAAAUGGCAAUGGUGAGAAGUUGUGGAUGGAUUUAAAGGAAACCGGAAAGCUUUCGGAUAAAGCUGUUGAUGAGAACCUCAAAGGGAAGGAUGUGGGUGUGGCUAUAAGUGGGGAGAUUGCCCUAAAAGCCGAAGCAACGGGUGAGGUGGAAUUUUGUCUAGCAUGGGAUAUGCCAAUUGUUAAUUUUGGCAAAAAACUCAAACAAUACUCACGCUACUACACAAAACACUUUGGGAAUUCGGGUGAGGGUGGACCACGUAUUGCUGACUACGCCCUAAUGAACUAUCACAAAUGGGAGCAGCAGAUAGAUUUGUGGCAGAGGCCAAUUUUGGAAGAUCCAGAUCUCCCUGAUUGGUACAAGAGUGCAAUAUUCAAUGAGCUAUAUUUUAUCUCUGACGGCGGAACCUGCUGGUUUACCAUUGAUCCCAAUGAUGAUUUAUCCUUUGACGAUCCUCGCAUUGCCUACGGCCGAUUUGCCUAUCUCGAGGGCCACGAGUAUCGCAUGUACAACACAUACGAUGUUCACUUCUAUGCCUCUCAUGCCAUUGCUAAUCUCUGGCCUAAUCUACAAGUUAGUCUUCAGUAUGAUUUCCGUGAUUCCAUCUUUUCGGAAGUUUCUGAACCCCGUAAAUGUCUCUACGAUGGGAAAGUCAGCGCACGGAAGGCCAAGGACAGUGUACCUCAUGAUUUGGGUGAUCCAUGGGAGGAACCCUACAUCCUCCCAAAUUCCUACCCAAUUCACGAUGUAGCCGAAUGGAAGGAUCUCAAUACGAAGUUUGUCCUUCAAGUCUACCGGGACUACUACGUACUGAGUCAACUGGCACAGGCUAAUGCCGAGAAUGCCAGCAAAUUCAGCUCAAUUGAGUUCAUUGACAAGGAGAGCUUGUUUGAAAUGUACGCACACGACAAUAGGAAUCGCCUGUCGCCGGACGAUAAGGCGAACCGGAAGUCAGCAUCGAUGUACAUCAAUGAGACAAAUGGGAAAGUCUACCUCAUGGAUGCCCUUGUUUACCUCAAAGCCAUGUACCCAGCAUGCAAGGCUGUCAUGGCAAAGAGUCUCGAAUGGGAUCACGAUGGUGAUGGGCUCAUUGAGAAUAGCAAAUUUCCCGAUCAAACGUACGAUUCGUGGGUAAUGGAUGGACCAAGCUCAUACUGUGGAAGUUUGUGGCUAGCAAGCCUCCACUGCAUGGCAAUUAUGGCCAAUAAAAUGGACCAACCGGAUGAAUGUGUAAAAUACUCAGAUAUCCUUGAGAAGGGUAAACGUUCCUUUGAGGAGAAACUCUGGAAUGGAACAUUCUACAAAUUCGACACAGCCCCAGGGAAUAAGGACACAAUUAUGUCAGAUCAACUCUGUGGGCAUUGGUAUUUGAAAUCUUGCGGGUUUGACUACGAACUCUUCCCCAAGGAGAAUGUCCGGUCAGCCCUUAAAGUGAUCUUUGAGAAUAAUGUCAAGCGCUUCUGUAAUGGCACCCUUGGGGCUGUUAAUGGGUACAUACAGGCAGCACAACCGGACAAAGGACAUCCCGAUUGGACGACAAUUCAGAGUGAAGAAGCCUGGACGGGGGUAACGUACGGCUUGGCUUCCCUCAUGAUUCACGAAGGGAUGUUUGAGGAAGCCUUCGCAACAGCUGGGGGCUUGUACAAAACCCUCUCAGAGCGCCUGGGAAUGAGCUUUGACACCCCCGAGGCACUCUAUGCUGAACGCUACUACAGGGCUAUUGGGUACAUGCGUCCCCUUAGCAUUUGGGCCAUGCAAACUGCAUGGGAGCGUAGGAAACAAAUCAGAGAUUAAGAAGCAAAAUUCGCUCAAACAUUUACCGAACUUCUUUUUAAGAAUUCUUUUUUCACAAAACUUUCUUCUAAUUAGCCAAUUUUUCAAGAGUCUUGCCUGGCCUAGCCUGGAAGUGUGCAAAUUGGUAAAAACAAAAGCUGUGGCAUUUUCCGGAGGAGGAAAACAAAAAUCCCCUUUUCUAGCUUUAAAUGGUCAUGUAAUGAACGUAUUUAAGCACUUAUAUAUGGAAGUUAUUUAGUGAGAAAUAUUUAGCGAACACAUUGUAUGUGAUUGUGCUUGUAAAACCUCUUGUAAAGGAUUGUUGUGAAGUAAAAUAUGUUCAAAAAAAAAA